AUGUCAAUUCAAAAAACUUAUACAAUUGGAACUCGCAAGUCACAACUUGCUUUAGUACAAACUAAUGAAGUUCAAAAAGCAUUACAACAAGCUUAUCCUAAUUCCGAAUUUCCAAUUUUGGGUAUAACAACUAUUGGAGACCAAAUUCUUAAUAAACCUUUAUAUCAAAUUGGAGAAAAGUCAUUAUUUACAAAAGAACUUGAAGUAGCUUUAGAAAAUAAAACUGUUGAUUUAGUAGUUCAUAGUUUAAAAGAUUUACCUACUACUUUACCUAAAGGAAUGACAGUCGGAGCAAUUUUAAAAAGAGAAAAUCCUUACGAUGCUGUAGUUAUUAAAGAAGGUCUAGAUGCAAAAUCUUUAGAGGAAUUACCAAAAGGUAGUAUUAUUGGAACUAGUAGUGUUAGAAGGUCUUCUCAAUUGAAAAAGGCUUUUCCUGAUCUGAUUUUCCAGGACGUUGUAUGUAUGGGAAGCUCUCUUAAUUAUUUUUAUUUAAAAGAAUCAAAUACGCGGCUUGCAAAAUUAGAUAAGCCAGACGGGCAGUACUCUGCGCUAAUAUUAGCAGUCGCAGGUCUCGUUCGAUUAGGCCAGAAUCACCGAAUAUCACAAAUUCUUCCGUCAAAUAUUAUAUUACAUGCUGUAGGACAAGGUGCAUUAGCUGUUGAAUGUCGAGAUGAUGAUAUACAUAUCAUUGAGAUGCUUUCAGUGCUGGAAGAUAAGGAUACGAGAUUGCGGUGUACAGCCGAGCGGUCACUAUUGAAGACGUUAGAAGGUGGAUGUAGCGUUCCAAUUGGUGUUAAUACAAAUUUUAUAAAUGGACAAGAUGGUCAACGCAUGCUAAAAUUGGAAGGUUCAGUUGCUAAACUAGACGGCUCAACAAUUAUUCAUGCUGAAGCAAUGAAACACGUUGAUAAUGAUGGAAUCGACGCGGCUAAUGAGUUAGGUAAAGAAGUUUCAAGAAUUUUGAUAGAACAAGGGGCGAGGAAUAUAAUCGAAGAAUUAAGACACUAA